AUAAAGUUGUUUGUUUUUAAUGUACAAUAUCUUUGAAUGUGUGGUUUCGUGUUUGUGUUCGUAUUUGUUUAUGAUAUGUGAUGGAUAGGAAGGCUAUGUUGUUAUGAAAAUUUUGCUCGAUAUUUUGCACAAUGUCGAAGAAAGUAGUGUCGUACUUUUACAAUCCAGAUGUGGGCAAUUUCCAUUAUGGACCGGGACAUCCUAUGAAACCACACAGACUUUCUGUCAUUCACAGUCUUGUUCUCAAUUAUGGACUUUAUAAAAAAAUGCAGAUUUAUAGACCGUACCGCGCGUCAGCACAUGACAUGUGUAGAUUUCAUUCUGAUGAAUACAUAGACUUUCUCCAGCGUGUGACACCACAAAAUUUGCAGGGCUACACGAAAUAUUUAAGUCACUUUAAUGUUGGUGAUGACUGUCCAGUUUUCGAAGGACUGUUUGACUUUUGCUCAAUGUAUACAGGAGCUUCAUUGGAGGGUGCAAUGAAGCUGAAUAACAAUUGCUGCGAUAUAGCAAUAAACUGGUCUGGUGGUUUGCAUCAUGCCAAAAAAUUUGAAGCUUCAGGUUUUUGUUAUGUGAAUGACAUUGUAAUAGCAAUCUUAGAACUUCUGAAGUAUCAUGCUCGUGUGUUGUACAUUGAUAUUGACGUUCAUCAUGGAGAUGGCGUGCAGGAAGCGUUUUACUUGACAGAUAGAGUGAUGACAGUUUCGUUUCAUAAAUAUGGAAAUUAUUUUUUUCCUGGCACUGGUGAUAUGUACGAAAUAGGAGCUGAAAGUGGUCGUUAUUAUUCCGUGAAUGUACCCUUAAAGGAGGGUAUCGAUGACUCGAGUUAUUUUCAAGUGUUCAAACCUGUUAUAUCAAGUGUAAUGGAAUUCUACCAACCUACUGCCAUAGUUUUACAGUGUGGUGCAGACUCUCUUGCAAAUGAUCGCCUUGGAUGCUUCAGCUUAAGCACGAAAGGUCAUGGUGAAUGUGUAAAAUUUGUGAGAGAUUUAAAUGUGCCUCUUUUGGCAGUUGGAGGAGGGGGCUAUACAUUAAGAAAUGUUGCUAGAUGUUGGACAUAUGAAACAUCACUCCUUGUAGAUGAACAAAUUAGUAAUGAACUACCAUAUACUGAAUACUUAGAGUACUUUGCUCCUGAUUUUACAUUGCAUCCAGAGGUUGUUACCCGGCAAGAUAAUGCAAAUAGCAAGCAGUAUUUAGAAACAAUAACGAAACAUGUGUAUGAUAAUUUGAAAAUGUGUCAGCAUUCUCCCAGUGUGCAAAUGCAUGAUGUUCCAGGAGAUGCCUUUCCAUCCCAAGAUGAAGUUGGGCAUGAUGAACCAGAUCCUGAUGUGCGAGUAAGUCAAGCAGAAGAGGAUCGGAGAAUUGAGCAAAAAAAUGAAUUUUAUGAUGGAGAUGAGGAUCAAGAUAAGGAGAAUUUAGGUCCAUGAGAUUCCUGAUCAGGAGAUAUGUGCAUGUAGGAUCAUCUUUUUAUAAGAGUGAUCAUCAGACAAACUUAGAUGUAAGGUUAAUUGUAUUUUUAACUUUUAUUUUUAGUAGAAAUUGAGAGAGAUUUUGCCACCAAAUCUUAUUAACUUCUGUCAACAUUCUGUUUUUAUGUUUAAUGUUUAUGGGUAAUAACUAAAUAGAUAAGGUCACUUCUUAUCUGACAGAAUUGUUAACACAUUCAUUGUGUUGAGAUGUGCCAGACUAUUGUUCCAUUUCAGAUAUUCAUUUCAUAUUUCAUGAAAAUUUCAGCAGUUAUACUGUAUAGAUAACUUACCAAUACUACAUCAGUUUUUCAAUCAAGUGCCCUCUAAUGGUGUAGCAGUGUACUUUUUGUCAGUGUGCAUAAGCUGUGCUUGAUUAUAGUCUAAUUUUAAUCUAUAAAAUUAAUUUAUGAUGCAAACUACUAAAAAUUGCUAACAGACUUAGUGUGACUCUUUAGGCUAACAUUCAAAGAGAUACAUUUGUUUUGGUCUUACUAUUUUGUUAGGGCCUACUGUGCUUGUAGGAAGGAAUGUGUACCACUAAUCAGUUUAUUGUGAAGAUUUUCACAAAUAUUAAUUUUUUGUAUAUAUUUCAGUCAUGUAUUUUGUAACACUAAACGUACCAGUAGGGAAUUAUCACAGAAUGUUCACAUUCUGGAUGCAUUUUUAAAUGUAGAAUUAUAAGUUAAUAAUAUAAUUCAUAUUCAGGUAAAGGGACAAGUGUGCAUGAGCUUCCAUAUGUGCGUUAUUGUGUUUAUGUAGGAUGUGUGUUCAAAUGUGAUAAAACUUAGUUUAAAAAAAUAAUACAUUAAUAAUAACUGUACAGUCUUUCAGCAAAAUACAGACAUAGUCACAUCAAGUAGAAUAAAAAAGGUCUUCCAUUAUUGGCACAUUAUAAGUUUUCAUAGUUCAUAGCAUAAUUUAUUUCUUUAGAGGUUAGAGUGAAAGCAUCAUCACUAUCAGCAGUUUGUUUAUAUGUGUAUUAUUAUUUUUGUUAUUAUUAUUUCUACUUCUGCUCUUAUCAUCAUCAUCAAUGCUCGAUUUGUGACAGUACGCACCAGUGUGCCUCUGAUGAAAAAUAAUCGAAACUACAGAUUUUGAGUUGUGGUAUGAUAGAGCUUUUGCUACAGCUAAAUCAGUAUAAAACAAAUGCUGUAAUGACACUUUUAAAAUGUGCAGAAUAAACAUUAGAAUAACAUUUUAAGAAACUUCCAGGCAGAUUAAAACUGUGUGCCUAGACUGAGACUCGAACUCAGGGCCUUUGCCUUUUGCAGGUAAGUGCUCUACCACAUGAGCUACCCAAGCAUGACUCCAACCUGUCACCACAGCUUUAAUUCUGCCAGUAGCUUCUCCCCUACUUUCCAGACUUCACAGAAGCUCUCUUUGCAGACCUUGGAGAACUAGCACUCCUGAAAGAAAGGAUGUUGCAGAGACAUGGCUUAGCCACAGCCAGAGGGAUGUUUCCAGAACAGUUGCACGCGAAAGGCAAAGGUCCCGAGUUUGAGUUUCGGUCCCUUGUCUGCUUCACUGUACUGCUGUGUUUCUAUCAUUGUACAAGAGUUCAAAUAUUAUAAGACUAAUGUCCAUCAUAAAUUUCAGACAUAUCCACAGAUUCAUGCUACAAAAUUGCUGUGCUCAUACUUUGUAAGAAAGAGUACAUCAGGGGGAAAAAUUGUAGAAGUAAUAAUAACAACAAUAAUGAUAAAAAUAAUGUUACGUCUUUGGCAAAAAUAGAUUAAUAUUGUUCUUGUGAAUUUUGGGAGCUACAUGUUCAAGUGCCAUAAAUGUUUUAAUUUUAUGUAUGACCUAAUGCUUGGAUGGAAUUUGAUUGAACAACUGUUAAUAGAAAUAUUAAUUUCAUGCUUGCAUCCUUGAAUAUUGUCAUUCAGAUCAAGCAAAUUUUUAGUGUUUCCUGGAAUGCAUACAUUUUACUUAGUCAAGUUCUGGAGCUUUUAAUACUCUAUAAUCUACAGUGAAUGAAAGAUUUGGGAAGUUUCAUGCAGGUCUCAGAAAUUUAUUAUUUAAUCAUUAGCAAAGAUUUGAGAGAGCAGAAUGCUUUUAAAAAUGUACUUAUUUUGUGGCAGUUAAGCCUGUUAUCAAUGACUAGUUAUUUUGUUUGGACUCGAUACUGCGAGGUGGCAUGAAGUGAAUGUUGAAGGCCACAAUGCCUAUCAAAAAGUGUGUGGUAGAGUCACAUGAACAGAUUAGGCUUGUAUUUAGCAUUUAAUGGGGGCUGCGUAAGAAUAAAUACAAAUUACAGCAGUAAUGUGAUGGCAUAUAAUAUUGUUUCAAGUCUUUUUAAAAAAAUAAUAAGAAUGAGAACCUUGGCUAAAUUUAUUAAGAAAAAAUAAUAAUGUUUGCAGAUCAUAUCACAUAUUUUCUCUGCUUCUUAAAUAUAAUUAUUUAAUUACCAGGUUAAAGAAACUUUUGUAGUAUGCACCUUGUUCUUUUCAUUACUAAUGUUGACUCAAAGGAGGCAGUUUUAUCAUUCCUGAGGUUGCCCACCUUUUGCAUUGGAUUUUAUUCAGUCAUGCAUGAGAUUACUGAUCUUAUUUCUAUCCAUACAUUCCAUUUCAUUAUAGUAGUGAAUUUGGGCGAUGAGAAGGUUUUGCCAUAUUAAAAUUUGUUAUUAAAAUAAAAUAUUUAUUUUCAACCUACAGACUUGUAUUUUAAUUUUUGUAGAGAUGUAAUCAAACUACGACAAAAAAUUUAAUUGCAAUAUUUUUCUGAAGAAUGUAGAAGACUUCAGUUUUCUUGAAAAUUGGGUAUUAGUGAAUAAAACUGUGUAACAUGUAA